AUGCGCCUGUCUCUGCUGAGCGUCCCUCUACUCGGCGCAGCACUCGCCGCCGCCCUCGCACCUUCCGCCGCCCCGGCCGCACCACCACCAUCGACGGCGUGGUCUCCCUCCGUCCUCUCGUCCUCGAUCGAGCUCGUCGGGUCUCUCGCACGGUCCACUGCCGCCUACACGCUCCGCAAGGACCGCACGCACGCCGACCAGGCCGACUCGUGGGUCGUCGGCGUCAAGGGCGCCGGCCGCAACGGCGGCUUCGUCGAGGCGACAGAGGGCAAGGGCUCGGCACGGCGCAAGAUCGAGCUCGUCGAGGUCGGUGGCGAUGACGACACGACCUUCUACCAGCUCGCCCUCAUCCCGCCCCAUUCCUCCGACAUGACCUACGUCACCCUGUCCGUCGACUUGCCCCACGCGACCCGUCCCGAGCCAGCCUCGAUGCCCCAGAACGCCGACGCGAUCUACAUGCUCUUCGAGGGCGACCUCCUCGCGCCCCUCACGGGCCUCUCGCCCGAGCAGCGCGCCAAGGUCACCGACAUCAAGGUCCGCGUCAAGACCCCGACGCCCCGCAUCGUGAGCGCAAAGGCGCCCGACGGCUUCGUCAUGCACCAGCAGGCCGGCAGCGCGACCCUCGUCUUUACGCUCCAGGGCGACGCCGCCUCGCUCGGGCCCCAAGUCGCGCGUGUGCACUACCAGCAGCCCGAGGCCAUCGCGUCGAUCCGCUCCCUCGAGCGCGUCGUCGAGCUCAGCCACUGGGGCGCCAACCUCGCCGUCCAAGACUCGAUCGACUUGUUCAACGCCGGGCCCAAGCUCCUGGGCCAGUUCGCCCGCAUCGACUACCAGAAGGCCAUCAUGCACCGCCGCCAAGGCGUGACGGCCGUCUCGUCCCUCGCGCUCCAGCUCCCUCCCUCGACGCACAACCCGUACUACUACGACGUCGUCGGCAACGUCUCGACCUCGCGAUUCCGCCCCUCGCCCUCGACCUCGAACAAGGCCGUGCUCCCGAGCCACGCCAACAAGAAGCGCCGCGAGCCGGCCGUCCUCGAGCUCCAGCCGCGGUACCCGAUCCUCGGCGGGUGGAACUACUCGUUCACGAUCGGGUACGACCUCCCGCUCGCCGAGUACGUCAAGAUGCGCUCGGGCGCCAAGAAGGGCCAGUACGUCGCCGCCGUGCCGUUCCUCACGCCCGUCAAGGACGUCGCCGUCGACAACGUCCGGGUCGAGGUCCGGCUGCCCGAGGGCGCGAGGGACAUCGCCGUCCACGCGCCCUUCCCGCUCACGUCGCUCUCGUUCCCCUCGUCGGCGUCCGACGGCUCGAAGAACGAGGGCACCGUCGCGUGGACGUACCUCGACUCGACGGGCCGUCCGACGGUCGUCAUGACCAAGCGCGCGUGCUCGGACCGGCACGGGCAGGACGUUCUCAUCGAGUACACGCUCCCUCCCCUCGCCGACGCCUUCCAAAAGCCGCUCGCGUGCGCGACCGUCCUCUUUGCGCUCUUUGUCGCCAUCAUCAUGGCCAAGCGGGUGUCUUGCGGGAUCAAGGCGCCAAAGGAGGUGACGCGCACGGUCGGCGAGAAGAAGUGAGAGGCGCGAGAACCGCCCGAGGUGGAAUUGACUGAAUCGCCUCUC